CACCUGUAUCAUUGAUUAUGCAAUGCUUUCCUCAUUUUCCUUCAGUAUUAAAGCAGAAAACCUCUCAAGUUAACAUUGCACUACUCAAAUAAUCUGGCAACUUGCCAAAACCAUAUCAAGCCUUGUAGAAAGAAAAAGAUAGCUCUAAUUGUCUAUAUAACCAUAUAUGGAUCAAUUGAAACCAAGUUCUGUUAAUUCAUGUCCACUUACUCCAUUAACAUUCUUGGAAAGAGCUGCUAUAGCUUAUGGAGAAAGUAUUUCCAUCGUCUACAACUCUACUACUUACACUUGGUCCGAAACAUUUGCUCGAUGCCUACGCCUCGCUUCCUCAAUUUCCUCCCUCAUUGGUAUAAAAAAAGACCAAGUUGUUUCUGUUUUGGCUCCUAAUAUUCCACCAACUUUGGAGCUACAAUUUGCUGUCCCAAUGGCUGGUGCUGUCCUCAACAACAUCAAUACUCGUCUCGAUGCUAAAACUGUCUCGGUUCUGCUCCAACAUAGUGAAUCCAAGCUCGUUUUUGUCGAUUACCAACUAUAUUCUUUGGUACUUCAAUCAAUUUCAUUGUUUCCAUCUAACAUGAACCCUCCAAUUGUUGUGCUUAUUGAAGAUGAAAAGUCUGUUUCAUUUUCAAGAAACUUGGAUUUCGAUGAAUUCACUACUUAUGAGGCAAUGUUGGUGAAGGGGAAUUCAAAUUUCGUUUGGGUUCGACCUGAGAAUGAUUGGGACUCAAUGACAUUGAACUACACAUCAGGUACAACAUCUUCGCCUAAAGGAGUGGUGCAUUCUCAUAGAUCUCUUUUUAUUAUAACGGUUGAUUCUUUAAUCGAUUGGUCUGUACCAAGUCAUCCAGUGUAUCUAUGGACACUCCCAAUGUUCCAUUCUAAUGGAUGGAGUUACACAUGGGGUAUGGCUGUAGUUGGUGGGACCAACAUAUGUCUUCGAAAAUUCGAUGCGAAUGUUGUGUUUCAUGCCAUAAUUAAAUAUAAUGUCACACAUAUGUGUGGUGCACCCGUGGUACUCACUAUGCUAGCCAAUUCCCCUUGUGCUAAGCCCUUAAAAAAUCCGGUGCAUUUUCGUACCGGUGGGGCCCCUCCCCCUGCCACCGUGGUUCUCCGAAUCGAAUCAUUGGGAUUUGUGGUGAACCAUGGGUAUGGGAUGACGGAGGUGGCAGGGGUGGUGGUGUCAUGUAUUUGGAAGCCUAAGUGGAACAAAUUAUCUGCGAAUGUGAAGGCGAAAUUGAAGUCUAGACAAGGAAUUAGGAGCAUAGGAAUGACGGAAGUGGACGUGGUGGAUCCAGAAUCUGGAGUCAGUGUAAAACGCGACGGGUUGACAAUGGGGGAAAUUGUAUUAAGGGGUGGAUGCAUAAUGUUAGGUUAUUUGAAAAAUCAAGAAGCUACGUCAAAAUGCAUGAAAAAUAACUGGCUUUAUACAGGUGAUGUAGCAGUUAUGCACCCUGAUGGAUACUUAGAAAUUAAAGACAGAUCUAAAGAUAUUAUUAUUAGUGGAGGUGAAAAUGUGAGCAGUGUUGAAGUUGAAUCAGUGCUUUAUUCAAACACUUUUAUUAAUGAGGCAGCAGUUGUAGCAAGGCCAGAUGAAUUUUGGGGUGAAACACCUUGUGCUUUUGUUAGUUUAAAGAUGGAAUUGAAACGAAAGCCAAAGGAGAAAGAAAUUAUUGAUUUCUGUAGGGAAAGAUUGCCACAUUAUAUGAUACCAAAGACUGUAAUUUUUAUGAACGAACUUCCAAAAACAGCAACUGGGAAAAUUCAGAAGUUUUCUCUAAGAGAAAUUGCCAAUGGUAUGGGGUCAUUACCUGCCAGUCGAAUGUAAGCACAGAAUUUCAUAUAAAUUCUUUCUCAUACUAUAUAAUUGGAAAGGUCUUUUUCUUUUUCUUUUUUUAAAUUACAGUUGAUUCUUUCUGUCAAAUGAUCUUAAAUUUAUUCAAAAAGUGCAUAAUAAUGUGCAAUUUAUUGUAUUGUACUCUAUAUGUGUAAUUUUCUGUCCUGUAUUUAAGCAAAA